CUAUGACUUCUCCUUACCAGUGUAGGAGCUGUGGUCGAGGUCACACUCCUCUGCCAUGGCGAGCGCCCAUGGAAGCCACAGGAGCCGCAAAGGGAGCAUGGUUCUUCACCUCUAGCCUGCUUCGUUCUCACGAGUCAGCUGACGGCAUCCAUAUCACGACUGUGGCCCACACUUGGUUGGCACAUGUGUGGUUUUGAUGGCAUGAAAAACGUGAUAAUCUGACAGCUGAAGGAUAGGAUCUGCAGAGAUGAUCCUGCAGUUUUUACCCUCAGCCUUUGGGACUUUCCUUAAACUCCUCUUCAUCAUGUACUGCGCAUCUCCUCAUCAUCGUCAGUAUGGGAAACGCUAAAAUGGCAAUGAGCGGCAUCCUCAACUGUGACGACAUCAAGAAGGCUCUAGACGCAUUUGCAGUGGCCGAGUCUUUUGACGUUAAGAAGUUCUUCGAGAUGGUCGGUCUGAAGUCCAAGUCUGCGGACGACGUCAAGAAGGUGUUCACAGUGCUGGACGCGGACAACAGCGGCUUCAUCGAGGAGGAGGAGCUUAAAUUCGUCUUGAAGGGUUUCGCCAAAGAUGGUAGAGACCUGACAGACAAAGAAACCAAAGCAUUUUUAAGAGCAGCUGACAAGGACGGGGACGGCAAGAUAGGAGUGGAAGAGUUCACUGCCCUGGUGAAAGAAUAAAUAGCCCGAUCGCAGAUGACUGUCUCCUAACAACAUCCUGACGCCCUGUGGCCCUCCCCAGCUCCCUUACUCCCACAAUGCACCUGGCUCUUUCCUAUUGCUAGUAGUGCACUAUAGAAACUAGUCCCUUACCACCAUUUAUUUGAUCCCUUUUGUACAGCCUGUUCUGUUCAACGCUAAAGGCAAAUCAAAGAAAGUCCCCAGCGCUGUGUCCACCUGUUUCUUCUUACCCUCUUCACUUUCUUUAGUUUCACUCUCUCUCUCUCUCUCUCUCUCUCUCCCUCUCUUCUCUCCCUUCAUCCAUGACUCCAUCCAUCUCUCCCUCUCCGCUCUGGUAAUGGGCUAUUGUAAAAAAACAUACCAAAAGAAGAAAGAGGUCAAGCUGUGAACAAAUA